AUGAAGGUAAGUCGUUCCUAUAACGUUCAGGGAAAAUGCUCAUCUCAUUCUCAGAUCUUCUAUAUCUAUGUUUUGUUAUACAAAAUUCAGAUAUCCCUCGCCAAGAUCUCCGUGUGUCUAUUCCUAUUGCGAAUUUUCCAGUCGACAGCAUUUCGCUACACAGCAUAUACUAUUAUCGGCCUCAACGCCGCAAUCGCAGUAACCUGGGUUCUGGUUGACGGUCUUCGGUGCACCCCAGUCCAUCUGGCUUGGACAGGAUGGGCAAAGGAGGAACAAGGAAAAUGUAUAGACUUUAUUGCAGCAACCUUCGCCAAUAGCUUCGUCAACAUUGCAGUCGACGCUGUUAUGGUCGCGAUGCCAGUGUACGAGGUGAUGAAACUAAAUCUCAGCGCGCGAAAGAAACUAGGAGUUGGUGUUAUGUUUGCUAUGGGGUUGGUGUGA